GCCCACCAGGGAGCAAGGCUGAGGAUUCCACACGCUUCUCCCUCCCCUUCAGCGCUAGCGUGAUAAGCCAAAGGAAAUUUGAGUAAAGGCGGGUAAGGGUCUGGGCGGGCUCUGAGGUUGUGGGGCGGAGCGCGCGCCUAGAACGCUAGGAUUCCGCUUGCACUGCGUCUGUGUCCUGCCCCGGAUGGCUGCAACUCGAGAAAGGCGUUGAGGAUGCCCGCGGGAUACCUAGUGCUCUGCGCUCUGCUGCUGGCGACGGAGCAGGGCGCGCGCCUCUGCACAGUGGUUUAUUACUUUUACACUGAGCAGUAUUUGUGGGCAUGGCUAACUGUCUCAGCUCUCCUUCCUGGAUGCCUGACUCAGGGCCUAAGUUAUCUAUGGUUCCUAGCAGAUGGUCAUCCAGUCAGCUGUUCUCUGGUGAUUAUACAUCUCUUACAUCUGGGCAUAUGGAAACGGCACUGGGAUGCUCUCCUGGCAGUCAUAGCAAAGAAAGAGGAACCUCCUGGAUUGGGAAAAGUGCUGCUGCAACAAGGGGAUCUCUUUGUGCUUCGGCUGCUUGAAGCCCUGACCCAGAUGGGGCCCCAUCUCCUGUUGCAGACAUAUGCUUUCAUAGCAAAUGAUUUAAAAGAGCCUGUCUCAGGUGUGAGUGCAAUCCUGUCCUGGUCAUCUCUGUCCUUAUCUCUGGUCUCCUAUGCUCGUAUCAUGGGCAUGAUAAAGCCAGGACAUCUGUCCAUGCCAUGGGCUGCCCUCCUGUGCCAGCUCCUGUGGAGAUUGGCUAUGUUGGGAACUAGGAUCAUAACACUAGUUCUGUUUUCCCAGGUCUAUUCCUGCUGGGUCUUUGUUGUUGGAGGUGCUCAUUGGUUAGUGAUGACCUUCUGGCUUGUUGCUCAACAGAGUGACAUCAUAGACAGUACUUGUUGUUGGAGGUUGUUCAAUCUUCUUGUAGGAGCUGUGUAUGUCUUCUGCUACAUCAAUUUCUGGGACAGCCCUUCCAGAAAUAGAAUGACCACUUUUUAUAUAAUAAUGUUGAUGGAAAAUAUAGUCCUUUUGCUGUUGGCCACAGAUUUUCUACAGGGAGCGUCGUGGGGUACCAUGUGGAUGACAGCAGGCAUUAUAUUUGGAUUUAUUAUUGGCUGUGUCUCACUUAUACUUUAUUACAGCCAGCUACACCCCAAAUCCACAGAAAUCUGGCAGGAAUUUAUAAGGAAGUCCUGCAGCACUAUAGGCAGUGAUAAAACAGAAAAAGAGCCUUCUUCCUUUCAUUGUACAAACCCAGGUGAGGAAAGAUCGGAGAGCCUAGGUUUGUACCCAGUAGAAGACCCCAAAGUACCACACCAGGGAAAUUCCCUUAGCAUAGACUGGGGAGCUUCUGUUGAGAGUCAGACUGUAAGGGAUGAGGUCACGACCAAAUGGCACCACCACUGGCUGUUAGUGAAGCUGGCCUUAAAAACUGGUAACAUGUCCAAGAUCAAUGCAGCCUUUGGCAAUGACGGCCUAGGCUGUGUUUGCCCACCCAGCUAUGGAACAACUAAGUGCUUUGGCCCACAAAUGCAGCUUUCAUUUUCAGAGAAAGAAUCCUCUUUACCUCAUAAGCAGCAUGUGAUGACAUCGAAUCCAAGUUCCUGGCAAAAAGAUGUCCCAGAAAUGAAAGAGAACACUUCGGAAACCUCAAGUUACGUCACUCUUUCAAGCAGUCAGCACGGUCACGCACGCUACCAGAACGUUACGCCUGUUGUUGCACCAAAAGGAUCUGGUCCUUCUCUGAAGGAAAGAGGGCCUGUCAUUUUGCAAGGUGACCUUCCAUGGAGUAAAAGCGAUGGCCAGGAAGGUGGUUUCAGAAAUCAGAGCACAGUACCUUGGAGGCAGGAGAAUGAUGCAGAAAGUCCCACCGGACAGUUAAGAGGAGCGGGGAGAGGAAAAGAGAACUCUACAUUCUACUUCAGUGCUACCAUGGAAGGGGUUGCACCCUAUCACAGGGCAUCCAGGACAUUUCCACAGGUCUUCCUUGAGAAAGUGGAAGUAGAAAAGGAUCAGCAAUCUAAGUCUGACUCUAAUCCUUUGGCAUCAAAACCGUUUCCGGUCACUGUGGCAAACAUCAGCCCAAUAUUGGGCACAGGCACAACCAACCACUUACGGCACAGCCCAGGCCUGUAUGACAAAAGUCAGUUUAGUCUACCAGGGGACUCUUCUGCAGGCUCAAGAUGGGAGGGGCCUCAGGAGCUCUGGGGGGUUCCAGAAAACCGCUAUUUGUCUGUUGGGACUUGGGUGUCUAUGAUGAGGCACAAACUAAGACCUUCAGAGGAACCUUGCUUCACAUCCACCCCAAAAUCCGAUCCCAAAAAAGAUGCUGACAGACUGAAAGAAAGGUUAAAGCAAGAAACAAGCUUUUUUUCUGAAUGAAGGCAUGGAAAUCCUUAUUUCAGAAUAAUCCUGGAACAGUCAAAGAAACGGAAAGACCUCCAAUAUUUUGGAUGAGUCUUCUAGAAAACUCCUGAGCAAGAAGGUGGUGUGAUGUAUACUAGCAGAAAAAGAAUCCACAUCAGUGAGACUCCAGAUACUUCAAAAUAUUGAAGAGAUAAUCAUGAUUAAAAGCAAUUAUAGACUGAUAAUAAAUUUACAGCACAUGUAUCAGUAACAAUA